UAUCGACACACAGUGUGAUGCACGAUAUCGACGAUUGAGUAUAAGUUUAUUAAAGAAAUAUUUAAUACAUCAAUUUUGGAUAGAAUUUUGAAGUUUAACGCGUGUUUAUUUGUGAAAAAUAAAAACCUCAUUUUAAUAUGUUCAAGUAUUUUUAUAUUAAAUAUUAAAAAAUCAACAUGAAGAAAAUAUAUCACGUUAAAAUGUUGUCAGCCAUAAGGAUUAUCGGUAUAUGCAAUAUGAUAAUAUUGGGAUUUAUAACGAGCUUGUUUUCGAUAAAAUAUAUAUCAUCAAAAACGGAAAUUGACUUUUAUAUCUUCAUUCAAUACUUAAAUCCAUUUGGUUCAAUUUGGUUGCAUCUUUUUAUUACGUCCAAUUCAACAAACAUAGCUAUCUUCCCCAUGUAUAUAUAUUUUUUCUUCGCAACAUUGUUUUCCAUAGCCAAUAUGUAUCUGAUAAUAGCACCAUAUUUUAGGAAAUCUACGUAUACUAUUCCCUGGCUAAUCAUACAAACAAUAAGUAUAAUAAAUCAAAGUAUAUCAUUCGUUCUUUCCUUUGUGCAAAAUUUAUCGCGAACAGAACCACCAUUUUUUAUUUAUUCAGAAAUUUGGUUUUUUCCAAUGUCAGGUUUAUAUCUUAUAUUUUCUAUAUAUUCAUGGUCUACUGUGAAUGAUACUCGAAAAAAAUGGAUAAAAGAGCAAUCUAAUCAUCGUAGAUUCUUCACAGUCAAUAACACAAAUGACAUCAAUGAUGAAAGUUAAUAAUGAUUACGGACAAAACUGGCCAUCAUUUCCUUCUGCUUCUUGGAGAAACAUGGAGAAACUCGAUUAUAUAAAUUGGAAAAAACUUUUCGUUCAACGACUGCAAGCAUGAAGGACACACACGGUGGGGUACGCGACGUGGUUGGUUGGCGGUGCUUUUAAAAAGAACUGAGCGAGCCAAUUUGUAAGCUGUCGCAAACUUUUAAAACACUAGUUGACAGCCGAGUCCACCCCCUCGCAACUUGUGCACCCUCCUCGACACUCGUCCAACCAUCCAGAAGGAAUCCAACCACCAUUCGACGUCUCUCUCUCGUUCUUAGACCGGGCGUACCAGCGAAACUCACCCCUCCGUGUCGUGGAAGCCGAUGGAUUGUAAAAUAAAACUAACUUGGCUCUUUCGUGGAUCGAGAACGGAGUACCGUCGAAAUCUUAUUCCCUCGAGUCUCUUUUAUUUUCGUGUACCCCUUUUUUUUCACCAACCACUG